CCUGGCAGAGCGUAUAGAGGCGUCAGACAGCGGCCACAUCAUCCCGGUUACGCAUCUUUUCGAGGCCUCGUCGACGGUUUGCAGCGCCAGAAAACAUCCGAAGAAGGAGUCAACAAAGCCGGGCACACGGCCACAGCUACAGUCAGUGAUGGAGAGCCUGCUGGAUAACCCAAUGAAAGCCGUUCUUUACCUGAAGGAGCUCACCACCAUCGUCCAAAACCAGCAGAGCCUGAUCCAAACGCAGCGCCAACGCAUCGACGAGCUCGAGCGGAAGGUGGAGGAUCUGAUCGGAGAGAACCGGCAGCUUCGGGACCCCCAUCACUACGUCCAGCAGCCCGCUCAGCACCUCCACCACCACCACCACCCACCACCGCCACAACAACAACAACAACAACAACAACAACAUCACUCAACCCACCGCAGCGCCAGUCCCCAAGCGCCGGCCCACCUCCAUCAGCACGCGGGGAAAGCUGCAGCUCACCUCGGCCAGCAGCAGGCGCAGCAGCAGCAGCAGCAGCAGGCGCAGCAGCAGCCGCCUCCACCGCAGCAGCAUCCGCAGCAGAUUCCCGGUCUGUCCGCCCAGCCUCAGCAGCACCAGACCCCUCCUGCUCCGUCCUCUCACCACCCGCAGCAGCUGCAGCUCGUGCCCACCUCGCCGCAGUCUCCAAAAGCGAGCCAAGGAAGCCCGGACUCCGGAGAGGAGGACAAGAGGAGCCCCUGCUGCAAGUCGCUGGUUCCGCAGACUCCCACCACGCUCUGCCGCUCGGUUGGAUUGGCCAGGAAAACGGACAACCAAACAGUGCUUCACCAGUUCUGCUGCCCCGCCCCCGAAGCCCCCGAGGGGGAAACCUCGACCGCCUGUGUCCCCAGCGAUGACCCUUCUCCAGAACCAUCUUUGGGGGAUGAAGGGAAGGGUGGAGAGGGGGAGCUGCAGAGUGAGGUCGAGGCACAACCACAACCACAGCCAGAGCAACAGCCGCAAGAGACUCAACCACAGCCUCAACCGCCACGGCCAGAAAUUGAGCCACAGCCUCAGCAACAGUCUGAAACCAAACCUGAGCCACAACCUGAACCAAAAACCCAACCUGCAACUGAGCCCAAUCCAGAGCCAGAGCCAGAGACAGAGCCAGAGCCAGAGCAAGAGCCAGAGCCGGAACCAGAACCUGAACCCCAGCCAAAAGUUGAAAUUCCGAGUGAGGAAGCAGCACAGGACUCCCCUAAGUCCCCUUCACCUUGCAGAGAGGACCAGACAGUGGCGGAGCAAGAGAACCAAAAUUGGGAAGAAGUUGUGGAGUCAAAUAGAAAGCAAGAUGGAGAUGAGGCUCAGGUUGUUGCAGCACAGGAAGACGAAGAGGAGGAAGGGGGAGGAGCUAAAGGAGGUGGGGCAGGGAGGCGAGCCAGCCUGCACCACACGGCCUCGCCUUUGAGGGUGCAACGCAACGGGGCCGGCUCGCAUGCAGCCACCUCCGACUAUGAGCUCUCUCUUGACCUCAAAAAUAAGCAGAUCGAAAUGUUAGAGCACAAAUACGGUGGCCACCUCAUCUCCCGCCGUGCUGCCUGCAAGAUCCAGACUGCCUUCCGCCAGUACCAGCUCAGCAAGAACUUUGAGAAGAUCCGGAAUUCGCUGCUGGAGAGUCGUCUGCCUCGACGGAUCUCCAUGCGCAAGGUCCGUGUGCAAAACACAGAAGGUUUCUCUGCUGAACGGGCCCUGGCAGAAGGCUGCAACUUGGCAGGCAUCCCGUUGGUACGCUCACCAUCCUUGCCUGCUACAGUUGGCGGUACCCUGACCGACCUUGAAGACUCUUUCACGGAACAGGUGCAGUCACUAGCAAAGUCCAUAGAUGAUGCACUCAGUAACUGGAGCCUGAAGACCAUGUGUUCACUGCAAGAAGGUGGAACCUACCAGUUUAGUGCCGAUUCCUUUAGCACAGCAGGAGUAGGAGGUGGAGGAGAAAGUGGUGUGAGAGAGCCUACUAUUUCUCAAGGCCCAUUGGAUCCUAGUGACCUGUCAAGAAGUGCAAGCAAGUUGAUGAUGGCUUUCCGGGAUGUGACCGUGCAGAUUGACAGCCAGAAUAUCCGUGUUUCAUCCUCUGUCAUGGAAUCAACAUCUGUCACCCUUGGCAGCUGUGUCCAACAAGAAGGUGGCUACAGCACUGUCACAACUUCUUCCUCGACAACAACAAACUCAACGCCAUCCUUUAUUCCUUCUUACACCUCACAAGAACCACCACCCCCUCCUACAGAAGUCCCAGCUGAACCCAUAGAUCCCCCUCCACCCCCACAAGAACCCCCACCUCCCCCAGAAUCACAGUUUGAAGAAGAUGAGCAGGAUGUUGAAUUCCCUGCUCCUCCUCCGAGUGAAGAAGAGCUAGAGGAAGAUGUGCAACCUCCUCUAACCCCCCUUGAUAAGAUGGCUAUCCCUCAAAUUCUAGAGGAGAAUGUAAUGGCAGCACCCCCAUCCACGAAACCCUCUUAUACCCUCCAACCACAGGAGACUGUACUGCUGGGAAGCUCGCCAGUGGUAGAGCCACUGGAGGUCAAAAGGAGUGGCUCAGAGACAGCCGACAACAGCUCAGAGCAGAUGAGCAGCAGUAGCACAUCAACAGAGGCACGCUCCACAUCUGAAGCCUCGUCCAAGGAAGCACUGCAGGCCAUGAUCCUUAGCCUGCCACGCUACCACUGUGAAAACCCCGCUAGCUGUAAAUCCCCCACUCUGUCCACAGACGUCAUGCGAAAACGCCUCUACCGCAUUGGCCUCAACCUCUUCAAUGUAAACCCCGACAAGGGCCUUCAGUUCCUGAUCUCCCGAGGCUUCAUCCCAGACACACCCAUUGGCGUCGCCCACUUCCUUCUCCAGAGGAAGGGCCUGAGCCGGCAAAUGAUAGGAGAGUUCCUUGGAAACAGCAAGAAGCCCUUCAACAGAGACGUCCUCGAUUGCGUGGUGGAUGAAAUGGACUUCUCAGGUAUGGAGCUCGAUGAAGCAUUGAGGAAGUUUCAGGCUCACAUUCGUGUCCAGGGAGAAGCCCAGAAGGUGGAACGUCUUAUCGAGGCCUUCAGUCAGCGCUACUGCAUGUGUAACCCGGACAUCGUGCAGCAGUUCCACAACCCGGACACAAUCUUCAUCCUGGCCUUUGCCAUCAUUCUGCUCAACACCGACAUGUACAGUCCUAACAUCAAGCCUGACCGCAAGAUGAUGUUGGAGGACUUCAUACGCAAUCUGAGAGGUGUGGAUGACGGAGCAGAUAUCCCAAGAGACAUGGUGGUGGGAAUCUAUGAGAGAAUACAACAGAGAGAGUUGCGGUCCAACGAAGACCACGUCACCUACGUCUCAAAGGUUGAGCAAUCCAUCGUAGGCAUGAAAACGGUCCUGUCGGUCCCUCACAGAAGACUGGUGUGCUGCAGUCGACUGUUUGAGGUGACGGAUGUCAACAAGGCCCAGAAGCAGGCGGCACACCAGAGAGAAGUCUUCCUUUUCAACGAUCUCAUUGUGAUCUUGAAGCUUUGUCCAAAGAAGAAGAGUUCUGCAGCCUACAAUUUCUGCAAAGCUAUGGGCCUCCUCGGCAUGCAGUUUCACCUGUUUGAGAAUGAAUACUACCCUCACGGCAUCACCAUCCUCUCGCCCUUCGGCUCAGACAAGAAGCAGGUACUAAACUUCUGUGCUCAAAGUGCAGAGGAGCUGCUCAAGUUUUUGGAAGACCUGAAGGAGUCGAUCGCGGAGGUGUCGGAGAUGGAGCAGAUACGCAUAGAAUGGGAGCUGGAGAAGCAGCAGGGAGCCAAGACUCACUCAGUGAAGAACAACGGCACACAGCUCGAGCUGCGUGGCAAACAGGGCUCCCCUUCAGGAAACCAGGAGAUAGAUGAGAGAAGUGGACACAAUGCAGUAGAGGUGUCAAUUCACAACAGGCUUCAGACGUACCAGCUCAGCAGCAGCAGCAGCAUGGCUCCGAGUCCAGAGAGCGUGGCCCUUCUUAACCACCGGGGGGAGCUGCUUUUCCAGCAGGUGCCCCCGGGUCUGACCCAGGGGCCUCUGCUUCAGCACCCGCAGCUGCAGUCGGCGGCGAGCACCCCUUCCCACCACCUCCACCUCCACCAGCCUGCUGUCAGCAUGGCCGACCUGCAGCCCGAGACGCUCAUCCAGUGUCAGCAGAUCGUCAAGGUCAUCAUGCUCGACAACAGCGGCCACGGACACAUGGAGGCCUUCCUCAGCCACACGCCCACGCAUCACCACUACCAGCACCACCACCACCAUCACCACCAACAACAACAACAACAACAACACCACCAGCUCAGCCAGUCAGCCAUGUCCACCCCGGUCCGCUCGCCGGACUGCUCCCAUGGCAAUGACGGCCACCAGCCCCCGCUGCCUCCUCCGCCUCCGCCUUACAACCACCCACACCAGUAUAUCCCCCCCGACCCUCCUCUCAGUCUACACCGGACCCCCAGCGGCUCUCGGAGCAUGGUGUAAAUAAAUUAAUUAGUAUCUUCCCCCCCAUACACGCACACACUUCCUCACAAACCCACCACCCUCUCUACCUAUUUAAAAGUACAUAAUGUACAUAUAUACAUACAGAGCUAUAAUGAAAAAAUAAAUCUCACUUAUAUGCAUAUAUUUAAGGAAAAAAAAAAAGAAACAAGGAAAAUGAAGAUUUUAAAAGAGAUGCGGAGAAAUGAAGUGCAUAUAUAUAAAAUUUUACUUGAUUCCACAUGUAUUUUCAAAUAUUAUGUAGUUUUAACAAAUUUCUAUAACUUUUUGUCAGUUUUAACUCUUGCUAGAGAAAACACAUCAUCAGUUCCUGGAUGGAUGGAUUUUCUUGUAGUUCCAUUAAUCAACAACGACAUGCAGAGAAUUAUGUGAAUCCUACUUUCUUCUUUUCUUUUUUUUUUCGACUGUGAUGGAUGGACUCUCAAAAAAGGAACUUCUCGCCUCUUGUUUUUUGUUUUUUUUUGCGCUUUUAUCGUCCCAAACCUCAUGCCUACUGUGCUGUAUGUGCGUCUGCGUGCAUAGCUGACACUUGACUGAAAACGUGUGCCAAAAUACAUACGCCUCCACCAAGCACUGACUUCUUUGCACUUGACUUAACGCUAGGGCUAGAAGGAUUUUAAAAAGAAAAAAAAAGAAGAAAACUACCUUUUGCUUUCAGAAAAACUAGUCCUUUCACGCUUCUCCCUUAAGGAUCACAACAACAAAAAACUGAUACUUCAUUAAAACGCAUCUUCUGUUAGCACUGUUGCUGAUGAAUCCAUGUGAUGGAGAGCCGCCCCGUGGAGACUUAAAAAAAUCCUCUGAUAAGCUGUGUCUGUUUGUCAUCCUCCUCUGUAACGCUGUGGCUCUCUAUCAUCGUAAGGCACUCGCUCAAUCGUCGCUCAAUUGAUCAUCCUGCAGCAAAAGGAUGACAGGACAAAGGCAUUCAAUCACGUGGAUUGCUGCCAAGCCAAAAUGUCCAACUGGGAUCGUCCUGUUGAUUGUUGUUUGUCUUUUUCUCUUCGUCUUUAAUAUCUUAAACCAGGACUUCUUGCCACAUUUAUCUGCUGAUGGAGGGAAAGGUUGUUUUUCUUUUGUGUGUGGAAUUCUUAGAGCUGCUCUGGAACUUUUCUAAAAACAACGACAACGAUUCAGCAUCUUUGGUGUAAUCGAUUUGAACAACACGCUCUGCUGUCUGCAAAUGCUCCUUCGCUUUUACAGGAAAUUGCCAUAACAUUUCCAUGAAGAUCCUUCUGCCACAACUGUGAAAUGUCAAGAUCUGGGUUUAUUUUAAUUUUCCACCUUUUGCGCGUGUCCCGGAAAAAAAAACCAUCCAGACUUUGUGUCCUUAUGUCAGUACAACUCCCAGGUUUUGUCCUCUCCCGUCCUAACCUUUCAGUGUGACAUUUCCAGAAACUACAGAGGCACACACUCCGCUUCCAUUGCAAAUGCUGGCAUUAAUAGCAUUGUUUUGUGCUGUUGGCUUUAAAUAAGAAUGGGACAAAAAGAAUGCAUUAUCUGAUCUGGUUUUCUCUUUCAGCCCAGCCUAGAUUGUAAAUACCACAUUUCAAGCGGUGUCGAAAAAAAGGACAAGCAAGACACCUUUAGCCCCUCUCAAAAUGCUAUCGCCCCCGUCCUUCAUUCUGAAAGAGGGCAGCCUCAAUACAUCCAUCUUUAAAACAUGAGCCCCGGCAGGUAUUGUGGGAUGGAUGUGCGGUUAACUCUGCUCCCAUCUGACCCCCAUCUGUCUGAUUUGUUGUUUUAUAAUUACACAGGCUCUGUGGGAAGGUCUCUAUCUCAUCUUUCUGUCCUUUUCUACUCUUGAUAUUACCCAGCGGAGAGGGGUAAGAAAAAAAAAAACAAUCAGCACUUCUGGCUGAUGUGUGUAUGUGUGUGAGUGUGUUUGACCUUCUCACAAUAGCAUCCAAACUUUCCCAUAAACAAAUGCAACCCCCCUGUUUGUUUAAUCUGCUACAUUUUCUUCUGUCAUAUAAAGAAUCAUCACUUUCUGAAUUAAAUGACUGAGUGAAUAUUUCUCCUGGAUUUGAACAAACUUGAUUAAAAAAAAAAAAACACCAGAAAUUCUGCAGUUGUGGAUUUUGCAAAGAUGGGUGCUGAUUGUAAGAUUUAUUUUCUUUUUUCAAACAUUCAGGUAUGAUGUGUUUUUUUUUCUCUUGUGCAUGGAAUCUGUUUUCAGGCUGAUUGAACUACCCGAAUAUUUUUGUGCAUGAAUGAAUUUGCUGGGAGCAAAGAAGAUGAUGGCAGAUUUUUUUUUGUUUUUUGUUGCUAUGCUUUAGUGGAACUGAAAAAGAAAAAAAUAUUUGAGACAGCAAACUCCCCUUGAAUCUGAAUAUUUUUUUUUAGCUACAGCAGCAAAUUAUAAGUCAGAACAUCUUUGUCUCCUCUUGCCUUUCACCUCCUUUUGUUUGUGUCUGCACAGUUUCUCCUACUUGACAAUUUGUUCAAGCAUUUUUGGAAGAAAGACGUGCUGUGUGUGCAAUUAAAAGAGUCUGAGGCACACUGCAAAAUCGGUGAGUUUAUGUUUGAAAGGAAAACCAAUGUAGCAUUCUGCAGCAUUAUGAUAUGAAAGUAGCAAACUUUCGUCAAGAAAACUGAAAAAAAAAAAAAAAAAAAAGGGCUCUGCCAUACCAGUGCACUGCAUCAUGAAUGACGUGUGGAUCUUAUGUCUGGCUCUUGAUCACUGUGUUUGCUUAUACUAGUUUGAAAAUAAAAAAGUGGACAUAUAAAGGGAAAGACAGGUGGAAACUGAGUGUAACAAAUAUCAAACAUCACCUUCCUCAGCUGGCUUUGAAUCCCUCUCUACCUGUCUUUGCAGUAUUAUCAACAUGCUAUUAAAGAUGAUUUAAGUCUAUUCA